GUCAUCGAUUCAAUUGUCAGUUUGUCAGCAGUUGUCAGAAGAAGUGUUGAAAAUUAAAAAAUAAAUCGAAAAUAAACAAGUUUUGUUCAAGUAAACUACCUGAAAUUUCAUAAUGCUCAAACCCAAAGCUUUGACACAAGUGCUUAGUCAAGCAAAUACAGGAGGAGUAGAAAAUACACUGUUGCUGAACCAUCAGGGAGCUCUUCUGGCUUAUUCAGGAUAUAAUGAUAAAGAUGCCAGGGUCACAGCUGCAAUUGCUAGCAAUGUUUGGUCAGCAUACGAAAAGCAAGGCAGGAAUGUUUUUAAAGAAGAUAAACUGCAUCUCAUUUUAGUUGAUUGUCAAAAUGGUAAAAUUGCAAUUACACAAGUAGCAAAUUUAUUGUUAUGUUUGUAUGCAAAAGAUGCCGUAGGUUUUGGUAUAUUGAAAGAAAAAAUAAAUGCCAUUGCACAAUAUCUGGAAGGACCUCUUAAGCAAGUAGCAAGUUCUUAACCUUCUAAAAUCUAUUUUAUGUAAACUAUAAUGUUAGUUAUAAUGUAAAUAAGAAAAUUUUGUACAUGAUUGUCAAAUUUAUGAUUGUUUUAUAAAUUCAAUUUUACAAUUAAGUUUUAACCAUAAGCCUCAUAUGUGUAUU